AUGGAUUUCGCUUACUUGGCUGCAAUAAAGUUGAUUUGGGAUAACGAAUGCCACGAAAAUGCCGUAAUGAUCCCUCUCAAAUUGGAUACUUUCGAGAUCCAGAAACUGUGCAGUCAGGAGGUUGAGUCCUCUGUAUCGACCUCUACCUCGAAGGGUGGUCUAUGA